CUCCGGUGCCGUCAAGUUGCUGAACACUACGGUUGAUCUCAUUUUGUCUCUGCUAAUCACUAUUUUCCUGACAGCAAUGCAAAAUGGCUGGGGACUGGCUACUCGAAACAGCAGUGACCGGCGGAAUAUCCUAAAUGUACAAGAGGAAUAGAUGAGUGAGCGAUAUAUCUACUCCCGUAAACGCCCCUGGAUGCAUGCAUCAACGACAGAUCGUGAUAUUGCAAAUUAACCUCCCUUGAAGGUGGGUGGAGCCUGACUGCAUCUCCUCAAAGCGCAGAGAGUGUCUGCAAACAGAACAUGAUCACCAGCAAAGGGGCAAAAUGAGGCUUGUGUUCACUUUUAUCUGGCUUGCUGGGAAUUUUCAAUUAGUUCUUAGUGUUGGAUUAAACGACACGCCGACUCUUGGAUCUUCAAAUUCUCCCAGACUUCUGACUAAAGAUAUAAUCAGUGGUGGAUUGGAAUACCAAGUCUAUCAGAAUCACAGUGUUUUCUUCUAUCAUGAGGACUCUGGUGAGAUGUAUGUUGGAGGGACUGAUUUUGUGUUAAAAAUUGAUGUGGAUGGUCACACAAACAACCAUAUCAUAGAGAAAUUUCACCUGCAUACCACAGGGCAACAGCAGUGCCAAGAGGGCCCCUGCAAAAAUGUCAUUACUGUCAUUGAGAAGUUUCAGGACAGCCUGUUUGUCUGUGGGACAAAUGGACAGAACCCACAGUGCUGGAAGCUUUUCUCUUCAGUGAACAAUCAGUCUAAUCAAAUAGUGGACAGCUAUGAGGGGACGGGCAUUUCUCCGUUCAUUUACACACAGAACUCACUGUCCCUCACUAUAGAGGAGGACCUAUAUGCAGCAGCACCGUUGGAUACUGAUGGGAGUGCAUUACAAUUCAGAAGGAAAGCUGGAAGUAGAACUAAUGUCUGGAUGUAUGACAAUUGGGUCUCAGAGCCCACGUUCAUCUCUGCAUCGUGGGUGAGGCGGAAGGAAGACGCCGACAAUGAAAAAAUAUACAUCUUUUUCCGUGAAAAGAACUCAGACCACAAUCCAGAGGCUGACCCUUGGAUUUCCAGAGUGGCCAGAGUUUGUAAGGUUGAUGAAGGUGGAUCAAAGAGAUUCUUCCAGAACACGUGGACAUCUUUUCUAAAGGCCCGUCUCGUCUGUGGGUAUCCAGAGGAGUCGCUGUAUUUCAACCGUCUGCAAGAUAUUUAUGUGAUGCACGCCGAGGACUGGCAUGACACAAGAGUCUAUGCCCUCUUUACAAGCAGCUGGAACUCCACAGCAGUUUGCAUCUAUUCUGUAAAAAUGAUUGAGGAAGUAUUUGAGAAUUCAUCCUUCAAAGGCUAUGACAAAGAAAUUCCCAAACCAAGGCCAGGAACGUGUGUAAAAAACAGCAGGAGCCUGCCACUGGCCACUGUCAAUAUGGUGAAGGAUUAUCCAGAAAUGAGUGAAUGGGUCCACUCGGUGCACUAUAAAGCUCCGUUUUAUGUAAGCAGCAACAACUACACCAAGAUAGCUGUGGACAGAGUCCGGGCUGCAGACCAGCACUUGUAUAACAUUCUGCUUCUAGCCACUGAUUCUGGGAAGAUCCACAAAGUCUUAGAGGCUGACUCUGAACCUUUCAUCAUCUCUGAAACACAACUCUCCAGUCGCUCAACCAUACAAUCAAUGAAGCUUGACUCCAAAAAGAAAAAAUUAGUCGUGGGCUUUUCAGAGAAGAUUUCAAUCGUGGACCUCCAGAGUUGUCAAGAGUACAACACAUCCUGUGCAGAUUGUGUUCUGGCCCGAGACCCGUACUGUGCCUGGACUAAUUUAGGAUGCACCCCGACUGUCCCUGGGGGCAUUCAAAAUAUUGUUGAUGGGCAAAAAAGUGUGUGCUCUACAUCAGUAGGAGAACAAAAGCAAGGAAACCGGACCAAACGGGCUAUUGUUUCACCAGUAACGGCGGAUUUUAGAACUUUUCACUCAGUCCCCCUGGAUGUCCCUUUCUAUCUGUCAUGUCCUAUAGACUCUUACCACGCUGACUACACCUGGAAGCACAGAGACCAGAGCAGCCCUUGUCUGCAAAUGCAGUCUAACUGCCUGCUCCUUAUCCCUGCCAUGAGACAAGAGAACUAUGGUAGCUAUGAGUGUGUUUCCAAAGAAAAAGACCACACCAAAGUGGUGAAAAAAUACCAUCUUACAAGGCAAAUAAUCCCAGAUACAACCAUUGUUAGAAGCAAUAUCCCUGACAACAACAAUAUUGCAUCAGCUCUUGUGCCGCAGAUAGUAUGGAUCAGACUUGGGCUGUCUGUAGCAGUGUUGGGGUUUUUCAGAUAGAGGAUGCACAAAUAACUACUUGCACCAUACACUCUGUUCUCUUUGAAAAGCUUCCUCUGUUUGUACUUUUGUUUUAAAAUAUAACAUCAACAUUCUAGGGGCGCAAUGUCCGUUCUAUUCUUAAUCAGACCAGGAUGCAGGCAGCACUAACACCUAUCUGCAGCUCAACAAUUCAAACAGGAACACUUCCAUUGUGAAAUUAAAACCUUAUUUGUGCAAGUUGUUACAUAGCUGUGUUUGGCAGAAGAGUCUGGUUUUCAAUUCUAUGGGAACACACUGUUGCCAAGUGUGUUUUCAAAAAGGAGCAAGAAUACAAUAGAAUAGAAUACCGUCAUUGUCAUUGCACAUAGUCGUACAACAAAAUUUGUUGUGCAGCUCCUGAAAACAGUUCACACAUUCAUCCAUACGUACGCACCCUGUCAUUGCAGGCAAGCAAUAACAAAACAGUUGGUGUGAUGAAGAGAGAAAGCAAGAAUGCUGGUCAGCAGUAGCGCACAGAGUGACUUAUUUGAGAUGUUUAAUGGUGCCUAAUGGUGUUUGUGUGGAUCAGCUGCACAAACAACAACGUUUCAUUAAGUGAGACUUAAUUUUAAAACAAGGCAAUAAAGAGAAGGAACAGAAAGUAAUCUGAAGGGAAUUUCUUUUGGUUCAGGCUGUAUAUGGUCCGGAAGCCACAGAUAUACAGUUGGGAUGGUGUAGUUGCUGUUGUGUAGAGGUGAGGCAUGCACAUGUUGAAGCCAGCUGCUCUUCUGGUCAGGAAAAUAUAAAGUUCCUGUCCACUCCAGUCCACUGAUUCAUUUGUAUUUGUAUCAGAUUGUUUAGGGAAGGGUGGUGGCGGCCAGAGACCCCCCACUAAAUUUCCCUGUUUUGUUUAACCUCCUCCUCCCGUUGUCAUAACAGUCAGGUCAGGGAGUACUAAUCCUAAUCCUUUUAAAAUCAGACACCUUGUUUAAUUUAUAGAUCCAUUUUGACCAAAAAAAAAAUCUUUUUAAAGAUUUUGUAUUGAUACUACAUGACAAUAUGAGCAAUAUUAGAAUGCAAAUUGCACUUUAAGUAGAACAGAUUUUAGAUGUUUGUUAGAGGUUUUGACUGCAUCUACAUUGUGUGCACACAUCUGUCAUUGAAGAGCUAUUUUUCUUGUCAGUUAUUUAUAUUUAAGGUAUUUCUCAAAUGUUUUAAACCACUAAGCGUAAUAUAUUUAUUAUGUAGAUUUUAUUUUGGUACGAUCUUAACUUUUAUUUUGCUGUUUAUUCUUUCUUGUUGCAAAAUGAAUGUUUUGGUAUUUGCAAGCAAUAUGUGUGCAUUUAAACAAUUGUAUAUUUUUAUAUACCCACUGUUCUUUUAAAAGAAUUUAAGUAAAUAUCACUGAUUUCCUAAUCAUUAAAAUAAAAAAACUUAUGGAGUUGAAAACCA